UCAGAGCAACGUGCGGCGCACUCCUCCUACCGAAAAAUCCCAGUUUUUGCAGCCUUUGUCCUUCAGAGACGCUGCACGGGAUUUCGCAUUGCACUCCAGCGCCGCAUCCCGAGAGUCACGUCCUGCUGCGCGGACCCAUUUUUCGGGUGACAGGUGUCCCGGUGCAGCAUCGUCCGGAAUACAACUACUGCUUUCAGCUGGACUGUUGCUUUACGGUUUCUCUGCAGCAAGCUCGCCUGGGAGCGGUGCCAUGCUCACUAACUGUCAGCAUUGAGGAGGUUAGACUCCGAGUCAAAGGAGGUUCAUAGCCACAGGCAUAUCACCCACCCUCCUCCUCUCUGCUGGAAAGAGUUGUCCGUUUGCCUGCAGUCGUCUAAAGCACCAGUGAAGACAGACAGCGAACGUGGGGGUUCUCCCUGUGAGAGAGUGUGUGUGUUGGUGGCUUUAUAGUUCAACAUCCCCAGCCCUUCUCUUUUUGUGUGUGUUUGUGUUCGUGCGGUGAUGUGUGGCCUAAGAGAAGCGCUUUAAGUCAGCAAAACGCGAUCCAGCCCAUGAGUCUCUCAGUGCGCUGAGCUAUUGACCAGGCUAUGAAGGAGAGCUGCUCCAAACUAGGCUGAGUAGAGCAAGAGCAGGACGAUCUGUGCGAGAAGCAGUCAGUCAUGGGACUCGGACAGUCCAGCAAGACUCCGGUCACUGACGACACGGAUGAGGUCAAUUUUGACCAUUUCCAAAUCUUGAGGGCUAUUGGAAAAGGGAGUUUCGGAAAGGUUUGCAUAGUGCAGAAGAAGGACACCAAGAAGAUGUACGCUAUGAAGUACAUGAACAAGCUGAAAUGUGUGGAACGCAACGAAGUGAGAAAUGUUCUGAAAGAGCUGCAGAUCAUGCAGAACCUGGAGCAUCCCUUCCUGGUUAACUUCUGGUAUUCGUUUCAGGAUGAAGAGGACAUGUUUAUGGUGGUGGAUCUGCUCCUGGGGGGAGAUUUGCGGUAUCACCUCCAGCAGAACGUCCACUUUUCGGAAAGCACAGUCAAGCUGUACAUCUGUGAGCUGGCCUUGGCUCUGGGUUACCUUCGGAGCAAGCGCAUCAUACACAGAGACAUCAAACCUGACAACAUACUUCUGGAUGAGCACGGCCAUGUCCAUCUGACGGACUUCAACAUCGCAGCCAUCGUAAAAGAAGACCUGAAGGCAACAUCAAUCGCUGGAACCAAACCAUACAUGGCUCCUGAGCUGUUCCAGAGCUUCGAAGGAUCCCACCCUGGCUACUCCUUCUCUGUUGACUGGUGGUCUCUGGGGAUUGCAGCCUAUGAACUGCUGAGAGGACAGAGACCAUAUGUGAUGAGAUCCAACACACCAUCUAAUGAGAUUCUACAAAUGUUCCACAAAGUCCAUCCGACUUACCCUGCAGCCUGGUCUCUGGAAAUGAAGUCUCUACUCAGAAAGUUGCUGUGCAUAGAUGUCCAGAAGCGCAUAUCGUGUCUCGCAGAGCUCCAAGAUCUGGAUUACAUGUCUGAUGUCAACUGGGAUGCAGUUCUCAACAAACAGCUUCCUCCAGGCUUUAUUCCUAAUAGACGGAGACUAAACUGUGACCCCACCUUUGAGCUGGAGGAAAUGAUCCUGGAGUCCAAACCACUUCAUAAGAAGAAGAAAAGACUAGCCAGAAAGACCAGGGAACAGGGAUCCGAUGGAUCCCCGCAGAAUGGACAGCUGCAGCAGCGUUUGGACAACGUCCAAAGGGACUUCAUUGUCUUCAACAGAGAAAAGUCAAGGAAAGUCGUAGUGGAUUCUUCUGAACUAUCCACAAGUGAGAAGAACAAGGCAAUAGAGGAUGGACAGAACAACAAUGUUGAACCAGCUCCCUAUUUAUCAGGAUAGGCUUCCUGCUCCCAGUUCCCCACCUCAUCACUUGUACUUGCCUCCAGCUUGCAGUUCAGCAACUUACAAGCAAAACCUGUCGUUCUGUCAGCACAUGCACUCACACCUGGUCCUCUAUGUUCAUGCACUCCUUCAUAGUCUGUAGAAUCUCAAGAACAGCACUGUGCACUCUUGUUUCACACCAUUAGACCUAAAAAGCAGCUAGGUGUCAAAAGAUGGUGUCCCUGGGAGGCAGCCAUGUCAGAGGAUGAUUGACGGACUGCUUUGCUGUCACCAAACGGAUGGACUCCCAGCAGAGUCACCCUGGUGCUCUUGCAUCUGCUCAGCCUCGGUUCUGAGCAAAGUGCUGUAGCAAGAAGCCAGAUCAUUUCCAAAACCAAGACAACAGAGCACCUCCACCUGAAUGUACUGACCCUAGUUUUAUUAUGAGAGGUUUUCUGGGUAACUAUGGUCAUUUAAUUAUAACAUUGCAGUUGGUAGUGCUCCAUAAUAGGGCUGUAAUUUCACAGAAUGUAAAAGUUAUUUUUAUGGAAGGAAGACGUUUCUUUCUGAAAAUGUAGCAAAACUUACCAGGUACUUUCCAUAAUGAACUGAGUUUGUUUUCUGUAGCUUGUUUUGGUACCUUCCCUGAAGAUUUUACAGGAUUUUUUAGACACUUUCUGAAACAUGGCAGUUAAUUUCCUGAAACUCAAAGUUAGAUAUUUGGAACCGUACGGGUAUUCUGAUGAGUUCUGAAUGGUAACCUCUACAUUUUAGAAAAGUAUCCUCUAAAUUAAAGUAGCUGGUAAGUUCAGGAGAAAAACUUGUAAUUUCCAGAUACUAUCUGAUGCAGUACAUUGAGAAAGUAUUCACCCCUCUUGGCAUUUCUUGUGUUUUCUAGCUCACAACCUGGAAAAGGGGAUUAUUUUAGGAUUUGCAUAAUUUCAUUUAAAGACCAUGCAACUUUCAACAUUUAAUUUUCUUUUCAUUGUGAAACAAACAACAGCAAUUACAUCUGUAAGUCACGUUGGUUAGAUCUCUAAGAGCUCGCCUCAUCUUGCCUCUGGGAUUGUUGCUCAUUCCUCAAGAAUCUAGAUGGUUUCCGGUGAACAGCAAUCUCGACGUCUGACCACAGACUGUCAAUUGAAUUGAGGUCUGGCCUUUGAUUAGACCUUGCCAACACAUGUAAAAUUUCCCAUUAAACUGGUGCUUCAGUUUCACAUCGCUGACAUACUGAAACACUUAAGAAUAUUCCUGUGUUUAUCUCCGUUCAUCUUCCCCUCAGCUCCAGUUUUCCAGACCCUGCUGGUUUGUUCUUGUGGUGCUGAGAUGUGUUGAUUUUUAGCCAGACAUAAUGUUUUCCUUGGUGACUGAAACGUGUUUUUUUUUUUUUUUUUUUUAUUUCUUUCAUAAAGCCCAGCUCUAUGAAGUACAUGAUUUACGUUGGUCAAUUGAACAGUGUCUACAUAAAAACUGUCAAGAUUGGUGAAUAGUUUUGCAUGGUACUGCAGGUUCAGGAAAAAACAAGGCAUGUCUUGCUAUGUGACAUAGAAGUUCUGGAAAGCUGUCUGAUAAGUACCUACCAGGAAUCUAGGUACUUAUCAGACAGUUUUCCAGAAAGCGCCAGAUUUGGUCUGGAAAGAGUCUGGUAAGUUUUGGAAGGUGACAUUCAAGUCCCAGGAUAGUAACGUCUCAGUUCUAGGAAAAAACAUAAUCAGUUUGGUGGAAUAAUCUCUGCAUUCCAGAGAGUAACCUCAAAGGUCUGCAGAAGCAUGACCUGCUUCAUGUAGCGCCGCCAACUUUAAAGUGAUUCUUCAGUCAUCCUGUGUAUGACAACCUAAAGAGCUGAGCCUGAAACAUUUAAUAAGAAUAAACCAUUGCGUAGAAACAUUUUUCCUCUAUGAUCCCUAUACCUUUGGAUACAAGCAUGACAGAAGUAGCAUUAUUAAACUGCUAGUCUUAUUAAACAAAACCAAACUUUGUUUUUAGCGAUGUAAGAAUGAUUCGAUUUGAAUUAGAGGCUUGAAAAUGAAUGGCUUGCUUUUUCAGGGCAAUAUUUAAAUGGAUUAGUGAUCCUGAUGCUUAGCUUGGCUAAUUCAGCAAGAAAUUAUGAUAGGUCUUUAACAUUUAGUGUCAUGCCGCAAUUCAGACCGUAAGAGAAAAGAGUAAAAUUUUAGUGAUUUGCUCAGAGUUAUGGUUUUUAGUUCUAGAAAAAUUUGUUUGUGGAAUCAAACAAGAAGAUGAAACAUGGUUCAAUCUUGAGGGAAACUAGGAAACUAAAUGUUGCCAUAAUUGAUUACCCUUGACCAAAAAUUUGAAGAAAAAAGAAAACGUAGCCUUCGUCUACAAAUGGCCUACUAUAUAGGGAUUGUUGUUUUCUCUUUUUGCACAUAUUGUUGUCAUUAUUGGUAGCAUUUAUGCAACUAAUGCUGUGAAUGAGUAAGUCCUAGGAAUUGGACAGAUGAAUUUUAGCAGUUAGCGUCUGCACUCUGCCAGAUGUGUGUUGAUGUAUUUCCUCUUUUGAUCAGUUAUUUAUCAUUUGAAAUCCUCAUUGUCUGUUUGUCUCUGCAAAAUGUUUGUAUGAUAUUGAAAUCCAGGAUUCUGCGCCUGGCACACACGAGGCAUCAAAACAAUGUCUCAUCAUGUUAUUAGAAUAAACAUUUCUCAUCAACUCAUCCCCUCAAAAUAUUUGCCUGCUUGCACAAAGAGGGAUGCCUUAUAGAUAUCACACUAAUCUAACUCAUGUAUGUAGAAGUAAAGAAAUCCUCACCUUCUUUAAAGCUACUGAAUAAAAAUAUAAUUUUUAGCGAUGACUCAUUGCUCCACUGACUCUGCUGUUAUCUCGCUGCAAUGUGAGUCAGUCCUUUCAAGCUUCUUUAUUAUUCUUUAUUAACUUUAAAAUAAAUUUAGUUAUUUAAAUUAAUUAAUAAUGGCACUUUUCUAUUUAAGAUUGGUACAAUGUUUUGACUCACCUUUGUGUUCUUGUUACUUCACACGUCUAAAGAUGGUACUUUGUGUAAGUUGUAGGCAUAUCUUGGUAGCUAAUGGAUUAGUCUGAGCUUGUUUUACUGUGUAAAUAAUAUUUGGGGAAUGAUUAUUCAAACCUAUAAAUUUAAAGCAGCGUUUGACUACCAACAAAGAGGGAGUGUAAUGAAUAAAAUGAGUGAUAUUCAAUCAAAAUUAUUUCUGACAUUGAUAUUUGGAUAACAUUUACCGAUAGUGUGUAUACCAGGUAAAUGAAAGUAAAAGGGAGGAAUCUUAGUUAUGCUUAGGGAGGAAUCUAAGCAUAACUCUAGUCUAUUAUUUGAUAAGAGAAUUGUGCAACUGUGAAUUUUCCCCAUGUUCAGCUGUCCUUUAGUUGUCAUUGUGUAUUUACUGUGAGCAAUUGUGAUGAAAUUUAAACUUUUAAUGUGUGCCUUAAAUAAUAUAUUUCUUUUUUGGAAACAAUACACCUAUGUUGUUUGCUUUGUUCUAGUGUAUUGAAUUAUUUCAUUCUUUUUUUCAUCACAGUGCAGGCUGCCCUCUAGUGUUGUUUCACUGGUGUUACAACAAAUGGCUAAAAUGUAGGGAGUCUUAAUAUGACUGCUGAGAGGGUUUUUUUUUACAAAAAGACAACAUUUUAAGUGAAUAGUUAAGUAAAAAACACAUUUAAUUACAUGAGGCAACAAAAAGACUUCCUCUUUUGCUGCAGUUGACAAGCUUUAUGAGCUAUUCUCUCCCUCUUACACACACUCAUCCACUGUUUACGAUUUACUAACUGCUCCCUGAGGUCAUCUGGAGGGCACAGCCCAUUCCUUCCUCCACUGCAGACUUAGCUGAGGCAGCGCUUUCCACAAUAUUGGCUCAACUAGAGAGGGGGUUUUCAUUUGAUAAAUGCUUUCGCUUCUGUCUGGCACUGCUGCAGAUAAGCAGGCCACAUCAGCAUAUAAAUUUGGUAUCAAGAUGUUUAAAGUAAAAUAUGAGACAAAGAUUUUGAAAAGAAAUGCAUUCAGAGUAGACAUGUUCCUGAGUAAAAAACGGGUUUCUACAUUGUUUUAGACACGAAAUUUGAUUUUCUUUCAUUCAUUUUCCAUUCAUGAUCUUAACUUGAAACCAGAAGUUUACAUUCAUCAAUAAAAAUAAAUUAAAAAACACGCACUCCUUUUUUCUCACUGCUUGAAGUUAAAUCAGAGCAAAUUUCUUUAGUUUUAGUCAGAUUUAUGUAAACUAAUUUGUGUUUGCUUGAGUGCAGAGGUGGCUAGUAAAAUGAUAAUUUUGAAGACUUUAUAAAUACAUUUCUGACAUAUAAUCUCAUUAUUGUGGCAUUUUGCAAAUAGAAAUAAUUUCAGUAAUUCUUACCUAAAAAAAGAGAAGUUCAGUCUGAUUUAAGUUCAGACAGUCAACCAAAUGUAUGAUUCAUUUUUCACUGAUUGUCUGUAAACUUCUGGUUGACUGUAUGUGAAAUGUUAGAUUGAUUCUAAUUUUUUGACCAGGCCAUAAACAGGAUGUUUGUGAUCUGUUUAAAUAAAUA